AUGAACAAAAAUCUCUAUUGCCUAUCUCUAAAGAAAAAUUAUUUCCCUGUCUCCCAGAAAGAAACAUUUAUUUCCCUGUCUCCCAGAAAGAAACAUUUAUUUCCCUGUCUCCCAGAAAGAAACAUUUAUUUCCCUGUCUCCCAGAAAGAAACAUUUAUUUCCCUCUCCCCAGAAAGAAACAUUUAUUUCCCUGUCUCCCAGAAAGAAACAUUUAUUUCCCUGUCUCCCAGAAAGAAACAUUUAUUUCCCUGUCUCCCAGAAAGAAACAUUUAUUUCCCUGUCUCCCAGAAAGAAACAUUUAUUUCCCUGUCUCCCAGAAAGAAACAUUUAUUUCCCUGUCUCCCAGAAAGAAACUUUUAUUUCCCUGUCUCCCAGAAAGAAACUUUUAUUUCCCUGUCUCCCAGAAAGAAACUUUUAUUUCCCUGUCUCCCAGAAAGAAACUUUUAUUUCCCUGUCUCCCAGAAAGAAACUUUUAUUUCCCUGUCUCCCAAGUACAAAAAUCUGUUUUCCCAUCCCCCAAGAACAAAAAUUGCCAUGUUUCCCCCAUCACAUCCCAGAUCUCUUUUCCUGUCUCCCUACAACAAAAAUCACUUUCCCCAUCUCACAAGAAAAAAAAAUUCUUUCCCUGUCUCCCAAGAAUAA